UCUUUCUCUCUCUGCCCGUUGGCUAUAUCUUCCCACGCCUCACCCUCGCGACACUUGCUUGGCACGGCCAGCUCAUUCACACAUCCAACUCAAACCAACCCUCUCUCCCUCUCUCUAUAAAACCAAAACCCUCUCUCUCUCACUCCACCAGAUCUCUCGCUUUAACCCCCCCCCCCCUUGGAGAUGCGUGCCUCUUCUGGGUUUUCCCUCUUAUACUCCAAAACCACGCCAUCGCUUCUCGACAUUACCCCUUUCCCUUGAUUUCUUCUUCUUCUUUGGUUUUGGGUUUCAGGGUUCUCUCUCUUUUGAUUUGAUACAGAGAGAAGUUUGUGUGCUGUCUGUCUGUGUUGUUGUUCUAGCGGGUGGGGUAACUAGCGCAUGGGAUAGAGUGAGAAAGUGGGUUGAUGAUGAUGAUGUUUAGCGAGGAGGAACUGAGUGAGAUUAGUGGGGUCAAGAGAGGAGGGGACUAUGUAGAGGUGACGUGUGGGUGUACCAGUCAUAGAUAUGGUGAUGCUGUUGGCAAGCUUAGGGUUUUCUCUAAUGGCUUCCUUGAAAUCACCUGUGAAUGCACCCCUGGUUGUAACGAAGACAAGUUGACUCCUGCUGCAUUUGAGAAGCAUUCUGGAAGAGAGACAGCUAGAAAAUGGAAAAAUAAUGUCUGGGUCAUAGUUAAUGGGGAGAAGGUUCCAUUGUCAAAGACGGCGUUGCUCAAAUAUUACAAUCAAUCAUCAAAAAAUGCCAAUGGAUCUCAUAGAUCCCACAAUGGGCGAGUCUGUCACCGCGAUGAGUUUGUUCGCUGUAGCAAGUGUAACAAGGAGCGGAGGUUUCGAUUGAGGACCAAAGAGGAAUGUCGGAUUCACCAUGAUGCUUUGGCAGAUGUAAACUGGAAAUGUUCUGAUCUGCCAUACGACAAGGUUAGCUGUGAUGAUGAUGAAGAACGAGCUAGUCGCAGGGUCUACAGGGGCUGCACCCGUUCUCCAACUUGCGAGGGAUGUACUUCCUGUGUAUGUUUUGGGUGUCAGAUUUGCCGUUUCUCUGACUGCAGUUGCCAGACUUGCAUAGAUUUCACCCGGAACGCAAAAAGCUGAGAGAGAAAAUUUCGCUAGGUAUGCGAAAACCAAGUUUUCAGAAAGGAUCUUUUGGGUCCUGAGUUCCUUCUUCUUAAGUGGUAACUCCAUGGGCUGUUGCAGUCUUCAUUCAAGCCAAUCCUCACAUUUAAGAGGGAAAAAAAGGAAACAUUUUUAUUAAAUUCGACUUUGAAUUUCUUAUCUCAAUUGGCAUUGUUCUCAUAGGAGGGUUAAAGGACUUCCAUAUUAAGUAAUCUAUUUCUAUUAUAUCUUCUAUUCUUUUAGCCA